UUCUUAUGAAUUAGUGUUUUUACGGUUGAUCAAAUGGCGAAUGGCAAUAGAAAGAACAAUACUGUAUGGCUUUAUCCCAAAGGGAGGAAACAAUAUAAUACAAAUGACUGUGGAUACUAUGUAAUGAAAAAUAUGUUGGACAUUGUCACUGCUAAGAUAACUGAGUCUUGGAUGGAGCUGACGAGAUGUAUGAAUUGCGACUACGUUGGUCAACAUAUUUUUUGGAGUUAUUGGAGGGUUAAGAUUUAUCUGGAUGGUUUUAUGAAGAUCGAGGUGUUCGUUGAUUUUGCGAUGUUGUUCGAGGUGUUCGAGAUGAAGAUCCUUGUUGGAACAAAGUUCACAUUGAAAUAUGACCGCUACAUUUGA